CCGUAGGUCGGCGCGGGAGCCGCUUCUAUAAACCUAAGUUUCUACGAGCACUAAUCUUCAAUCAAGCCAUCUAAACCAAGAGCAAUCCGGCCGCGCAACCAGCACCAUGGACGACAUCACCGCCACGUCGUGCCGCUGCAGCAGCGUGGUGUUCGUGGGCAACAUCCCGUACCAGGCGAGCGGGGAGGAGCUCCGGGACGCGUGCGAGGAGAUCGGCCCCGUGGUUUCCCUCCGCGUGGCCGCCGACAAGGGCACCGGCAGGCCCCGCGGCUUCGCCUUCUGCGAGUACCUCGACGACGAGACGGCCCGCAGCGCCUGCCGCAACCUGCACGGCCACCCGCUCCACGGUCGCGCGCUCCGCGUCGGCAUCGCCGCACCGGAGCAGCAGCAAGGGUGCCGACGCGUCGGCGGCGACGACCCGAGCCUGCCCGUGGGCGUGGAGGGCGCCGCGCACGCCGCGUCGCAGGUGUCCGGGACGCCCAGCGCCGCCGUGACGAGGUACCUGGCGGGGCUGAGCCGGCGCCAGCUGCGUGAGUUCCUCGACGCCGUGGCGAUGGAGCCCGCGGAGUCCGUGGAGCGGGCGAAGCGGGAGUUCAGAGGGCUCGCGACGUUAAUCGAGCAGGCGGGGAUACUGCUCGACAUGGCGGCCGCAAGCGACGCCGGUGCGGCUGGUAAGCGCCCUGGCGGUCUGCCGGAGUCGGGGCGGGGUGCACCGCCGAAGGUGAGAAAGUUGGACGAUGGCACGUCAGUUGCUUGGACCGUUGCAGGCGUUGUUGCAUGCCGCUGAUGGGUCAACUGUUUUAUUUGUUUUCUAGGUAGGAGUAACUUCUAAUUUUUCAUCAAGUAGUAUAUGCAGAAAUUUAGAACUCAACAACUAGGUCAACAUAAGUACAUAACUAUGAAAAUAAACAUAACUCUAAGUACAUAACUAUGAAAAUAAACAUAACUCUAGAGAAUAACAAAAGCAUUACAUAGUAUAACUAACGACUCACUAGUAUGCGAGUGCUCAUACUUUUGUCCAGUGUUAUGUCAAAACACUUGACAAAGACACCGCCCCGACCCCCACAAGCCCUACCCCUAAGGCCUUGUUCGGUUAAACCUAUCCUGGAGGGGAUUGAAGAGGUUUGAAGGGAAUUGGAUGGGAUUUUGACUUGUAUGGGAUUUAGUCCACCCCAAUCCACUUCAAUCCCCUUCAGUUUUGUUGCGACCGAACAAGUCCUAAACGGAGUGCAAGAAAAAAAACACUCUACAAACGGUUGGUACUUGACAAAACCUUGAAAACACGGGCAAAGAAUUGGUCGCUCGGCAAAAUCAGUGAUAUGUGCCCUUCCUCGACGCAACUGGCAGAAGAGUGACAACGUGGUCUCAUUUUCGGAAUGCCUGUCAGACCGCCAAAGGUGAGAUUGUUGGAGGAUGGCAUGUCAGUUCCUUGGACAGUUCCAGGCGUUGUAGUG